UGACUGGCGCCGGUGCGUCAUUAGUCAGCGACUAGUCAGUACACGUGAUCAAGCCGUGACAGCUAGUUAGUCUAUUAUCUGGGUAUUUUGGUUGCGGUGUUCUACGGUCUCUUGCUGGAAGUGUGUUCCGGUAGCUAAUAGGGACAUUAAUUCAUCUCUCUGGAUCUCAGGAGCUAUUGGGCCCCCCGUUUAUUUACUUCCGGUGUGAAGCUGGUGUGCACGCGCAGCUUGUCUCUUUAGGGGGCGAAGAUGGCUGACGCAUUCGGAGACGAGUUGUUUAGUGUGUUCGAAGAAGAGACCCCCGCGCCCAGCAAAAGUGCCCUGUCCGGGUCAGCCGGCAAGAGCAGCAAACAAAAUGCUAAAUCUAAAGGUGGCGAGGCAUGUCCUGCUCCAAGGCCAAAGCGGGAGGCUGACGACAUCGAUGGACCUGACGAUGUUAUUUUUGGGAAGAAGCCAAAACUGGAGAUAUCAUCUGCUGACGACGUAAACCUCGCAGACCUAAUGCCACAUGUAAAAGUUCAAGAAGUAGAAACCGUGGAAGGAUGUACUCAUGAGGUUGCACUUCCUGCGGAUGACGAAUACAUGCCGUUAAAACCACGAGUUGGAAAAGCAGCAAAGGAAUAUCCAUUUAUCCUGGAUGCCUUCCAAAGAGAAGCAAUUCUGUGUAUCGACAACAACCAGUCUGUCCUGGUGUCCGCUCACACAUCUGCUGGGAAAACUGUUUGUGCUGAAUAUGCGAUUGCCCUGGCUCUGCGUGAAAAACAGCGUGUUAUUUUCACUAGUCCUAUCAAAGCCCUUAGCAACCAGAAAUACAGAGAAAUGUACGAAGAAUUCCAAGAUGUUGGAUUAAUGACCGGAGAUGUCACCAUCAACCCUACGGCCUCCUGCCUGGUCAUGACAACUGAGAUUUUGCGCAGCAUGUUAUACAGAGGAUCUGAAGUCAUGCGUGAAGUGGCCUGGGUUAUUUUUGAUGAGAUUCAUUACAUGAGAGAUGCAGAAAGAGGAGUAGUCUGGGAGGAGACCAUUAUACUUUUGCCAGAUAAUGUGCACUACGUGUUCCUGUCGGCCACUAUACCAAAUGCACGGCAGUUUGCCGAAUGGAUCUGUCACCUCCAUAAACAGCCUUGUCACGUCAUCUACACAGACUAUCGACCCACUCCUCUGCAACAUUACAUCUUUCCAGCAGGGGGAGAUGGACUCCAUCUUGUCGUGGAUGAAAAUGGAGACUUCAGGGAAGAUAACUUUAAUACAGCAAUGCAGGUCCUGAGAGAUGCAGGGGAUUCUGCUAAAGGAGACCAGAAAGGUCGCAAAGGAGGAACAAAAGGUCCUUCUAAUGUAUUCAAGAUUGUCAAGAUGAUCAUGGAGAGAAACUUCCAACCUGUUAUCAUCUUUAGCUUCAGCAAGAAGGACUGUGAGGCCUAUGCGUUGCAAAUGUCUAAACUGGAUUUUAAUACAGAUGAAGAGAAAAAGAUGGUUGAAGAAGUAUUUAAUAAUGCAAUUGACUGUCUCUCUGAUGAAGAUAAGAAGCUCCCACAGGUUGAACACGUACUGCCCCUUCUUAAGCGAGGCAUUGGGAUUCAUCACGGUGGGCUACUUCCUAUACUGAAGGAGACCAUUGAGAUCCUUUUCUCAGAAGGCCUGCUCAAGGCUUUGUUUGCCACAGAGACCUUUGCCAUGGGUAUCAAUAUGCCAGCCAGGACUGUUCUAUUUACCAGUGCACGGAAGUUUGAUGGAAAAGAUUUCCGCUGGAUCUCAUCAGGUGAAUACAUUCAGAUGUCUGGCCGUGCCGGGAGACGUGGUAUGGAUGAAAGGGGAAUAGUUAUUCUCAUGGUUGAUGAGAAAAUGAGCCCAACAAUCGGAAAACAGCUGCUAAAGGGUUCUGCUGAUCCUCUGAACAGUGCGUUUCAUCUAACGUACAACAUGGUGUUAAAUCUGUUGCGUGUAGAGGAAAUUAACCCUGAGUACAUGUUGGAGAAGUCCUUCUACCAGUUCCAGCAUUACAGAGCAAUCCCCGGAGUAGUGGAAAAGGUUAAAAAACUAGAGGAACAAUAUAACAGUAUAAAGAUUCCCAAUGAAGUGAACGUUGUUACAUACUAUAAAAUCCGUCAGCAGCUUGCCAAGCUUGGGAAAGAGAUUGAAGAUUAUAUCCAUAAACCCAAGUACUGCCUGCCCUUUUUGCAGCCUGGUAGGCUGGUUAAGGUAAAAAAUGAGGAUGAUGAUUUUGGAUGGGGCGUAGUGGUCAACUUUUCCAAGAAAUCAAACGUGAAGCCGAAUUCUGGUGAACUGGACCCACUCUAUGUAAUAGAAGUGCUUCUCAACUGUUUAAAAGAGAGUGUCAAAAAUUAUGCUACGGAGGCUGCAAAACCAGCAAAGCCAGAUGAGAAAGGCGAGAUGCAGAUUGUCCCAGUAAUGCUGCACGCGCUCUGUGCCAUUAGUAGUGUGCGUCUGUACAUUCCUAAGGAUCUCCGGACCACUGACAACAGACAGAGUGUGCUUAAGUCUAUCCAGGAGGUACAGAAGCGAUUUCCUGAUGGGGUGCCUUUGUUAGAUCCUAUUGACGACAUGGGAAUCAAGGACCCUGGGCUGAAAAAAGUUGUCCAGAAAACAGAAGCUUUUGAGCACAGAAUGUAUUCCCACUCACUCAAUAAUGACCCAAACCUGGAGUCCCUAUACAAGCUAUGUGAGAAGAAAGCACAGAUUGCCGUAGAUAUCCGAGCAGCUAAGCGGGAGCUAAAGAAAGCACGGACAGUGUUACAGAUGGAUGAGCUGAAGUGUCGCAAGCGAGUGCUGAGAAGACUGGGAUUUGCCACUGCUGCUGAUGUAAUUGAAAUGAAAGGCCGAGUGGCCUGCGAAAUCAGCAGUGCUGACGAACUCCUCCUCACUGAGAUGAUGUUUAAUGGGCUCUUCAACGAUCUGACAGCAGAACAAGCAACCGCUCUCCUCAGCUGCUUCGUGUUUCAAGAAAAUUCCAGUGAAAUGCCGAAACUGACAGAGCAAUUGGCAGGACCACUGCGUCAGAUGCAGGAAACGGCUAGGAGAAUUGCCAAAGUUUCAGCAGAAGCCAAAUUAGAGGUGGAUGAAGAGUUGUACCUGGGUUCUUUCAAGUCCAACCUCAUGGAUGUGUUGUACACCUGGUCGAAUGGGGCAACGUUUGCACAGAUUUGCAAGAUGACUGAUGUGUUUGAAGGUGGGAGGUGAAUAGAUCUUUAGUAGGAAAACUGCCAUGAAAGUCUGCGGGAUGCGGUACAGGAGGCUUCAGGUGUUUCUACAUCAGAGGAAUAUCCAACUCGUGAAAGGAAAAGCUGACAAUUGUUCGUUUAGGCCAGGGAUCUCCAACCAGUGGCUCAGAAGCAACAUGUUACUCUCCAACCCCUUGGAUGUUGCUCCCAGAGACCUCAAAGCAGGUGCUUAUUUUUCAAUUCCUGAGGCGAGUUUUGGUUGUAUAAAACCAUAUGUUCUGCCAAAAAGAACCUUCUUUAGACUGCCUGUCCACAUAGAGGCUACCAAAUAGCCAAUCGCAGCCCUUUAUUCUGCAUCCCCAAGAACUUUUUUAAUGCUUUUUUUUUUUUUGUUCCCCCAACUCUUUUUACAAUUGAAUGUGACUCAUGAAUAACAAUGUUUGGAAGCUUCUGUUCUAGGGAGAUGCUGACGUAAUUUAGUAGUGUUGCACAUAUUAUGUAUUUAGUCACAGCAGGGUAUAUGGGGGUUAAAAUAUGUCACUAAGAAGUAACUCAAGGACAAUUUAUUUAAGCCGUAAGUUCUGAUGUCUAAUAAGAAUAAUAGGCACAGAGGUAUACUUACUGCAACUGUGAAUAAUUACACUGUAUUCCUGAUCCAUGGGUUGCCUUUUUUGGCCCUAGUUUCAAAAAGAUGCAGCCCUAGCCCCGCACCCUUCCUGAUAGAACGUUUCCCUGUGCUCUUUAAAGCAUGCUUGUUUAUUUUCUGGAGAUAUAAGAGUUCUCUGACCCUCCAAUCCUUUUUCCACAUUUAAAGCCAGGAAUGUGUAGCCUGUAUGGAAUUGUCUGUGAAUUCUCAUGGUAACACUGACAAAGAGCCCUCUUUAUAAUUUUGGCCUGAAGCACCUUUCUGAGUGAGGAGAAGUUAUUCAGGGACGAUGUACAAAUAACACGUUCCCUGCCCCAGGAGCUGCACUAGGUAAAUACCUCUUGGCUACCCUUGUACAGGCCCUGCAUCCAAAAAUGCACACUAACUCCCCACAUAUUCUGCUCUGGGUUAUUGCUUAUCUUUCAGUACUUAAAACAUGAUCGUUUUUUGAGGUAACAUUCAAGAAAAGAAAAACUACUGAAAACAUCAGCUCAUUACCAGUGAUUUGAUUGAACUGAAAUGUUGUUUUGAGCCAUUAACUCCCAGCACCUGCUGUGAUUCACAUAAGAGGGAACACAACUGUACUUGAACCCAGAACUCCGUCACCUUGCAUGGAGGGGUAUGAUGUUAAAGGGAUACUGUCAUGGGGAAAAAAUGUUUUUUUCAAAACAUAUCCGUUAAAGGUGCUUCUCCAGCAGGAUUAUGCACUUAAAAUCCAUUUAUCAAAAGAGCAAACACAUUUUUUUUUAUAUUUAAUUUGAAAUCUGACAUGGGGCUAGA